AUGCAAGUAGACGACACUUAUUACUUCGCCGACGAUCGUUUUGCAGCUAAAAAGAGGUCAGAACUUAAGAAGGCCGGCUUAAAAGCUAAAGAUAAGACUAAGCUAACUUAUACUACCGAUAUUAAGUUCAAUAGCUCUUUAGAAAUCCUCGGAAUAGUAGCUAAAUGUUUAAUAAAGCUCGGCACAACUAAAGAGAAGAGGCUUAUGAUCGAUGUAAUAGCCUUACGACAAUCUUACGAGCGCAAAAAGAUCGUCGAAAUACGCUAG